AGAUCUCUCUUUGUUUCUGGUACGGUGGUGGUGUACAGAUAGAUUGUAGUUUUAACAGACUUUCAGAGAGAAGAUCAAACUUGAAUUUGCGUUUGAAGGCUCGAAAAGGAUAUGGGAUACGCAAGGAAAUCGGAAGACGACAACUCAAAGCUGUUGAUUGCGACUAUGUGCAUCAUCGGUUUGCAGGUUCACGUUCACGUCAAGGACGGUUCUGUGUUUUCCGGUUUAUUCUACACUGCUUCCGUCGAUAACGGCUUCGGCAUUGUUUUGAAGAAUGCGAGAAUGACUAAGAAGGGGAAGAGUAAAGCGAAUGUAGAAAGCGGAAGUGUGGUGGAGACACUUGUUAUUACGUCUUCCAAUAUUGUUCAGAUAGUUGCUGAGGGAGUUUCGCUUCCGUCAAAUGUUACAGGCAAUAAUGAGGGUGUGGGUGUUGUUGGAUCAGCUACGGAAACUUUACCUUGUGAGCCUCGCGUCUCUGCUACAAACAAGUCUAAAAGCAAUUGCUUUGAAGGAACGGGCAAAUAUAAUAGGAGACAGCUAGGAGGCAAGAUUUUGAACCCUAGUGAAAAAGUUCCUGAUGUUCAUCACCAGUUGGAUAAGGUUGAUAUCCAAAGCUCAAGUUCUAGCUUGGAUAGCAUGUCCGAACGAGUUAAACCAAUAGAAGAAGAUAAGUUGGUGCUGGAACCUUUAAGUAACGGUUUUCACGAUGCUGCUGAAAGGCUCUCUUCCCCUGACAGUUCAUCCUCACAAAGUACAACCGUUGAUGAAACCUCAGAGUUGUGUCAGGUCUUAGAGGCACCUCCUAACGAACCAGCACCUAUCCAGGCCGUCAAAAAGGCCAAGGAGUUCAAGUUGAAUCCAGCGGCAAAGAACUUUUCUCCAUCUUAUACAAAACGUCUUUCACCGGCUCCUACUGCUAUGCCUGACAUUGGAAAUAUUGCUUAUAUACCAAGCAACAAUCCCAUGCUACCUGUUCCUGAAGCUUUUUACCCAGAACUUGUGAACAACCAUUAUUUGCCCCAAACAUCUCCAUCUUCCAAGUUUGUACCAUAUGGUAAUUUGACUGCUGGAAAUGCUCUUGGUGUUCCUUUUCCUCAACACAUGAUAGGGCCUACUAUUAACAGGGAACACCCGCAGAGAUUCAAUUCUCCAUACCAAUCUGUUCAAGCAUCACCAAUGUUUGUAAACCCAAAUCCUCAGGUAAUUGCUGCGAGAUCAGGACAGCUAGUAUAUGUCCAACCAGUUUCUCAGAAUCUAGUUCAGGGAACACCGCCUCUUCCACCUAUGCUCUCCCGCCCUCUACCUCCCGCACAACAUGUCCAAUACCUGAAGCAUCAAGGUGUAGUUGCAGCUGGCCAGCCGCUGCAGCUAUGCGUUUCCCAACCGUUCACGCCGGGUGUACUGCAACCUUACAGCGUUCCUGUCCAAUAUCCGGUUAUGCAGCCUCCUUUCCCGACGAAUCAGCCAAUGCCAGUUGCUGUUCCUAAUGGCUUCUUUGGCAAUUUCCAUAAAUAGAGUUUUUUCCUGUUUUUGGUUCCAUACCUUUAUUCUUUGCCUCUCCAACCUAAUAAGGGUUUUUAAAAAGAUGCGUUCUGUGCUCUUUGUUUGAUUUUGGCUAUUACUGGUUUUUGAUUCAUUGGUUUGUCGAGUUGAAUUGGGUGAAAAACUGUAGAAUGUUAAUUAUAUCAUUCUUUGGCUAAACAAUAAAUCCAUACUUGGUGAGCUAAAUA